CAUUCAAGAACAAGAACACAAACACAAAGCCAACAAAAAGAAAGGAAAAAAAAACUCAAAACAAAAACAAAGAAACUUUUAAAAACAAAUGGGGAAAGGAGGAAAUUUCGUGACGGUGGCGGCUUCUGAGGUGGAGGAGCUACGACGGAAGAACGGAGAGAUGGAAAAAGCGGUGGAGGAAAUGAGGAGAGAGAUGUUGCAGCUGUGGCGACGGACGCAGGUGGCGGAAGAGGCUGAGGAGCGUCUCUGCUCUCAGCUGGCCGAGCUCGAAGCCGAAUCGCUCGACCAGGCGCGUGAUUACCAAUCUCGCAUCCUCUUCCUCGUGAACGAACUCUCUCGUCUCUCCUCAUCCGAUUUGGCCUCGCCCUAGAUUGAUAGAUCGAUACAUGCGUAUUUGUGUAAUGAUAGAUAUCUUAGAUUAUUGCAUGUAUUUUAAUUUACAGAAUCGGCUCAUCAUAUCAAUGCCAAUUCUGUAGAGUUUUUCUUUUUCUUAUUGUUUAUAGAUCUCUAAUUUCUGCUUGGAAAUUUUAGUGUAAACAAAAAAAUCCAUGUUGUUAUAAAAAUAGGUAAUGAAGAUCUUUGAAAAUAAAAGUAUUUUUUGUUUGAAA